AUGAGCGAUUACCGAUUGGCUGAAUUAUCUUUUUAUGAUUCAUUCGUUGCUUAUCCAUUAAAAGAAAUCAUUGCUAAUUUAGAAGGUGAAUGGGAGAUAGAAAUUGACAAAGCAUCUUUUCCUAUUCUUGAUAAUCGUUCAAAUCAAUUGAUUGAUGGAAACAUUACUCGAAGUUUUUAUUUAUUACGUGCACAGUAUUCUAUCUCAUGGAAUGGAACAACUAUCAUAAUGAAAGAUCAUUCUUUAUCGACACAUAUAGAAUUACGCGAUGUAAAACAGAAUAAUUUGUUAGCAAAAAUUCGACAUACUAGUGGCUGGUUUCAACGAGCAACUUCAAAAUAUCAAUUAGAUGUCUUCUCAAAUAAAGUGUCUGAUGCGGUUUAUUUUUUUGCACUCGCCAUCAUGGAUCAUGCAUUUAUGAUAAAUUUAGAAGAUGAUUAA